UAAAAAGUUAUCAAUAUUAUAAUUCAUAAUGGGUAUUCUAUUUGCAUAUUUAUCUUGCAGGAUAAAUGCUGUCUCCAAUGGUCAAGUUAGGGGUGAUGCAUAUACAACAGGUUGUAUGGGUCAAAGAGGAGCAAGGGUGUGGCUUUUCCUGGGAUUUGUUCUUGGUUUUGGUUCCCUUAUUGGAUCGUGCUGGAUAUUAUUUGGCUUAUAUGUUAUUCCAAUGAAAGAUCCUCAAGGGCCUGGUGUUGCAGUGUUUUUACAAAAUAUAUUCAUUUUUCUCGGGUAAGACAUGUGUCUUUUAUUCUCUUUAGAGACCUCUGAUUAAUUAAUAUAAAUGUUUUCUUUUUUUAAAUAUAAUUGUGU